AUGCCUUCUCACUCCGAACGCACCUCCUCUUUCUCCCUGAGCUUAGCCCCCGAUGAGCCCUCAUUGAAGAACAUUGACCCUUCCUCCUCACAACCCAUGGCUUCCUCUCCCAUCAUGCCCUCCUCCUCCGAGGACCACGGGGAAAUUUGCAACUCCGCCGCCUCGUUGGAUUCCCUAGUCUCAACCACCGAGUCGUCAACCUCGUCGCCCAUGUCCUCUUCCCCGGUCAUAGCCCCUUCCUCUCCCAUUGAACCACCUUCUCCCCGGUUCCAAGCUGAACACCGCCUCAACGGCACUCAAGAGAACCAAAGGAUCCUCAUCCUAGGCGCAACAGGCAACCAAGGCCGAGGCUGUCUUCGGGCUCUCCUCUCCUCUCAGCAUCGCGACAAGUAUACAAUCGGUAUUGUAGUCCGGGACUUGGAGUCCGCUUCAGCCGCCGCUCUGUCAAAUUCCAUUAUGCCCGGACAAUCCCAAUCUCAGUCCCUCUCCAAGUGCCUCUCCUCCCUAGACAUCCAUAUCUUAUCAGGCGACUACAGUUCUCCCUCCUCCCUUUCUGCAGCUUUCGAAAUCUUCCAACCCACCACUGUUUUCUUCCCACCCGUUUUGACAGACGAUUUCCGCCGAGACUUGGUCUGGUCUCAAAAUGUCAUCUCCGCCGCCGCACACUGCGGUAGUGUGACGAAGAUGAUUGCGUCAACAGCGCUGGGAGUUGAUAGACGGGCGGAGUUUCCCGGCUGGGGCAAAAACGGGGAGUGGCACCCCAUGUCUUCGUACUGGAACACCAAAGCUAGUAUCGAAGAGCUGGUGGAAGGAGCUGAGUUUGAGAGUUGGACGAUCGUAAGACCAGCAUGGUUUUUGCAUUCGCUGACUCAACGGAUGGUUGGAUGGAGCUAUCUGGGAUGGAAGGACACUGAUGAAGUCCGGACAAUCAGGACCAAGUGGAAACGAAACACAAAGGUAGCGUGGGUGGAUGCGGAGGAUGUAGGCGUGGUAGCUACGCGUGUUGUUGAUGAUGAGACACAAGGGGAGAGGAAGAAGUGGCGAAAUAAGGGUGUGGACUUGGCUGUUGAAGCAAUAACCGUUGGGGAGCUGGCGGAGAAGAUGGGGAAGGUGUUGGGUGAAGAGGUGAGGGUUUGGUAUGCGGAUGAGCCUUCGACUUGGACCGACGAAGAGGAGCAGGAUUGGGCAACAGGACGGACUGUGAGUGACAUGGAUCCAAUUGCGAUUAGCCAGCGGUGGGCAAAUGAGUUUGAUUCGAGUUAUGGGGUGGCUGCGACCCGGGAAUUGGGGUUGUUGGGACAGUUGACGACUGUUGAUGAGUUCUUGGAGAGGAACAGGAACUUGAUCUGA